AUGACAAUAUUUAUGAAGUGCUACAUCAUAUUAAUUCAAGCGGUUUCGUUCACAUCUUCCCUUUCUUCCGCUUGUCUUGACACUUCUGAGAUUCUGGUUCUCCUAGUCGACGUUUUCUGUGUCUUGGCCAAUCUCGUUACAUGGCACGAAAAAGAUUCACGUGAACAUAUUAGGAAACAACCAUGUCCUCGACGUGCAGAAAUUGAAGGAAUCAUUUGCCUUCUUUUUUUCCUCAUUGAGUUGACAGCGCAUUCAUUAUCAGUGUUUGUUCUUAGCGGCUCCACAGCGUCUUCUGAGGUCAGAGAGGAAAAACUGAUGUACAUUAUAGUACAACAGUGUCUUAUUCGGAACGAGCUGCUGAUUGGCUUCGUAGUAAACAAUUUCCUAAAUCAUCUACAAUCAAUAUAG